AUGCGCUGCGGUGUUGCGGUGUUGACUGGCAUGCUGCUCAUGCCCACGGGCACCACACCAAGUUCGACAGAGCGAUGCAUUGCAGAUGCAGAGGUUGCCAUUGCGCAGACUCCCGAAAAGUUCAUUGAUACAGUAACAUCGUCAAGGCUGUUCAAGUUGCACAUGGCGAAGUAUUUUUGCAAGCUGGGUUCUCUCAACAUGACGGUGUUGGAGCUAGGUGUCCACCAAGGAUACACCACGCUAGUCUGGGCGAACAUUUUUCAGAAGGUUAUUGCAGUCGACUUCAGUGAGCAGUGGCUGAAAGUUGCUGCUAAGACAACUGCAGACAGGCCAAACGUGGUUUUGUUGCAUGCCAAUCUCAUGACCGACAGCUGGACGAUUUUUCGCAACAAUCAGGUGGACGUUGUCCUUAUCGAUGCGAAUCACGACUUUCACUAUGUGCGAUCAGACGCAUACAACUCGCUGCGACACCUUCCAAAUCUCAAGCAUAUGGUUUUCCAUGACUACGGAAGCGAAGAUGGGGUUCGGCGGACAGUGAAUGCCUUGUCUGCAAGGCGCAUACUGCAGGACUGCCAAUGGCUUGGUCUCGGCUGGGAUGGGACCAGCUGGUCGUACCUUAAGUGGCACCGAGACACUGACACAAUGUCGCCCACAACGACCAAUUUGUCGGAAGGAGUAGCUUGCAGGUCCGCGAAGCCCCGACAACUGCGACCCCCCUUCACGGACCUGCGCUAUUACGUUUACCGACAGCCUGUACAAGAACUCCGCCAUGCGGGAGUCUUUCGCUUUUUGCCGGGAGGGCAGCUUGCCACUGACGUGUGGCGAAGGGGAAGCUGGACCCACGAUACAGAGCCGAGUGGCCAGCGCGACAUACUGCGGGUUAACCUGGCUCAGAUGUCCACGGUUCCGAUCGAGCUGCUCUUCAAUGAACAUCGAACUGCCUUCUUGCUUACUGACAUUGGCGGAGUUGAUGCAAGCUGGUAUGGCCUUCAGGAAAGCCUUGCGAUAUCCAACCUGAUGCGGACCAGCGGAGAGUUCUGA